AUGGAGAAUGGUUAUAAUAAUGGUCAGCAGCAGCGGCAAUCACCUAUCAGCCCUGCCCAGUACCAUCAGCAGCAGCCCCACAACCCCCAGACGCAGAUUUAUUAUCCGCACUACUGCGGAUCACUUGCAUCUACCUCCGACUAUAUUCCGUCAUUUUUCGACCGAUCCAUUCCUGAAAACUGCGCAAGCACCAAUAAUCUCUACAGUUCCGGAGGCGGCAUCGGUGUCCAACGUCCCAUUUACGCAUGGAUGCUGGAGCGAGAUAAAGACCAACCGCAGCAGCAACAUGCCCACUUCCAGCAGCAACCUAUCCGGCAAAUCGUUGAAACCGCACUUAUGCCACAAACAGGUAGCCUUUUAAAUUAA